AAAAUGUCACUCGUGUUGCCAGAAAAAUGCCAGCAUAUUCUUCGUGUUAUGAACACGAACAUCGAUGACAGGAUAAAAGUAUCCUUUGCCACUAUCUCCUUUCGGGGUGUGGGUCAUGGGUUUGCUACAGUCGUGUUCAAGAAGGCCAAUGUUGAUAUUCGCAAGAGGGCAGGUGAACUGAGUGAGGAAGCUGUUAAACUCUUUGUGACAGCGAUGGCCAACCAUCGCCAGCACAAGAUCACAGACUGGUUUCUCAAAAGACCGAAGGAUAUCAAGGGUGGCCGCUUCACCCAGGUGCUCAGUAACGGUCUGGACAACAAGCUGCGCGAGGAUCUGGAGUGUCUGAAGAAGAUUUGUGCUCACAGGCAUACAAAGACCACCGACAGGAGAGGAAGAACUGUGAGUGUGGCCAAGAAGAAGUAG